CCCUGCUGUUUAUCCUGUGGCUGAAAUUCUGGUCCUGCAUUCAGGGAUGGACACAUGCUCAGUAUCUUCUCUGCUCCCUCCUCCUGUCAGUGCCGGUGCAGUCAUCUCGUGGAGAAGCAGUGCAGACUCCUUUCAUUCAUCCCUACUUGUAUAUUCAUGGAGAUGACUGUACCGGAAGCACAGAAGAACACCUGAUACCUACAUAUUAUGAUGCAGAUGAUUUGGUUGUCGCACCAGAUACAUAUGAAAAACGUGCCAUUAUCCCAGUUGUACACUCAGACCUUCAAAUCAAAAAUCUGCCAUCUGAUCCUUUAAAAAAGACUGUUAUGCAGAAUGCAAACCACAGAAGUGGUGCUGGAUCCCAAAGAGCUCAGAAAGGGAAGAAGUCUUAUUCAUGUUCAGAAUGUGACAAAUGUUUUACUCAUAAAUCAUUUCUUGAUAUCCAUCAAAGAAAUCACACAGGCGAGAAGCCGUAUUCAUGUUCAGAAUGUGGCAAAUGUUUUACUGGGAAAUCACAUCUUGCGAGGCAUCAGAAAAUUCACACAGGGGAGAAGCCGUAUUCAUGUUCAGAAUGUGGCAAAUGUUUUACUGAAAAAUCAAAUCUUGAGAGGCAUCAGAUAGUUCACACAGGGGAGAAGUCUUAUUCAUGUUCAGAAUGUGGCAAAUGUUUUACUCAGAAAUUAAGUCUUGAAAUCCAUCAAAGACAACACACAGGGGAGAAGCCGUAUCCAUGUCCAGAAUGUAGCAAAUGUUUUACUCGGAAAUCAAGUCUUGAUAUCCAUCAAAUACAUCACACAGGGGAGAAGCCGUAUUCAUGUUCAGAAUGUGGCAAAUGUUUUACUCAGAAAUCAAUUCUUAACAGCCAUCAAAGACAUCACACAGGGGAGAAGCCAUAUUCAUGUUCAGAAUGUGGUAAACGUUUUGCUAUGAAAUCAAUUCUUCUUAACCAUCAGAUACAUCACACAGGGGAGAAGCUGUUUUCAUGUCCAGAAUGUGGAAAAUGUUUUGCUAGGAAAAAUCAUCUUGCUGAGCAUUUAAAAAUUCACACAGGGGAGAGGCCAUUUUCCUGCCCAGAAUGUGGAAAAUGUUUUACACAGAAAUCAUUACUUGUUAAGCAUCUGAAAUCUCACACAGAGAAGAAGUGAUAUUCAUGCCCAGAACGUGUUUUAAUAAAAAAUCUAAUUUUGAGAAUCAUUAGGGAAGUCACACAGUGGUGCAGCCAUGUUUAUGUUUAGAAUGUGGAAACUGUUUUAUUCAGAAAUAAGCCCUUGUUCAAUAUCAGAGAAUUCAUACAGGUGAGAAGAAGUUCUAACCCCUUCCCAACAUCCUCCAUACAUGUAUGGCGGAUGUCGGGAAGUUAAGUGAGUGCCAUAGGCGAAGCAUGCGUGCGGUUUCACACAUCAGAUGUCUGCUGGCAGCGUCCAUGAUUGGAGAUAGCUCUGAUCGCUGACAUCCUGUCAGAUGCUAUAGCCAACUGUAACCACAGCAUCUGAGCAGUCAUUUACUGGGAGUGAGCGAGGUGUUAUAGCUUGAAGAGCAUAUGCAUUAGAACCAUAGAUAACUUCAUAAAACCAAAUAUAACAAUAGUCACGUGAAGUAUAGUGAAUAAAAGAUAGAACAGAGAAUGGAUUGUAGUUCAAGGCCUUUACCAUAGCUAACAUAAAGAAACCAUUAGAGAUUGCUUACAUGAUAACGGAGUAUUUUCUAUUUCUAUUGUUACCUAUAUUAACCGCUUGCCGCCACUGUAACGCCGAAAGGCGUCCGGGCGGCAGCGCUCUCAGGUCUCAACGACGCCUAUUGGCGUCAUCUCGUGAGACCUGAGAUUUCCUGUGA